AUGUCAGGACAAACUCCCUCCCAAGAGGAGCAGAAUAUCCAGAUCUGGAAAGUCAAGAAGCUCGUCAAGUCUCUGGACAAUGCCCGAGGUGCAGGUACCUCGAUGAUCUCCCUCGUCAUUCCGCCAAAGUCGCAGGUAUCUCAGUUCUCUAACAUGUUGACCCAGGAGUACGGCACUGCCUCGAACAUCAAGUCGCGGGUCAACCGUUUGUCCGUCUUGGCGGCUAUCACGAGUACCCAGCAGAGGCUGAAGCUUUACAACAGAAUCCCGCCCAAUGGUCUCGUCGUCUACUGUGGCACUGUCUUGACUGAUGAAGGCAAGGAGAAGAAGGUCAACAUCUCUUUCGAACCCUUCAAGCCGAUCAACACUUCCCUUUACCUCUGUGACAACAAGUUCCACACCGAAGCCCUCAGCGAGCUCCUCGAGUCCGAUGCCUCCUUUGGCUUCAUCAUCAUGGACGGUAACGGUGCCCUCUUCGGUACCCUCUCAGGCAACACGCGCAACAUUAUCCACAAGUUCUCCGUCGACCUUCCAAAGAAGCACGGGCGUGGUGGUCAAUCUGCCCUCCGUUUCGCCCGAUUGAGAGAGGAGGCCCGCCACAACUACGUGCGCAAGGUCGCCGAGCUUGCCACGCAGCACUUCAUCACCGACAACAAGUGCAAUGUUGCCGGUCUCGUCCUCGCUGGUAGCGCCGACUUCAAGACGGAGCUGGGUCAGUCGGACAUGUUCGACUAUCGCCUCGCCCCCAAGGUCAUCCGCACAGUCGACGUCUCUUACGGAGGCGAGAAUGGCUUCAAUCAAGCAAUCGAACUCUCCGCCGAGUCGCUCCAGAACGUCAAGUUCGUCCAGGAGAAGAAGCUCAUUCAAAAGUACUUUGACGAGAUUUCCCUCGAGACGGGCAAGUACUGCUUCGGCGUUGGAGACACCUUCAAGGCCCUCGAUGCCGGUGCGGUCGAAACAUUGAUUGUUUGGGAGAACCUGGAGCUCACUCGCUACACGCUCAAGGACUCUGAAGCGCGCGAGAUUGUGCUUAUGCUCACGCCUGCUCAGGAGAAGGAGACCGACCGUUUCAAGGACGCAGCCACGGGCGAGCCAAUGGAGCAGACCGCCGAGCCUAUGCCGCUUCUCGAGUGGAUCGCCGAGAACUACCAGCAAUUCGGCUGCAGCCUUGAGUUCGUCAGUGAUCGAUCUCAGGAGGGGAUGCAAUUCGUGCGUGGCUUUGGUGGCAUUGGUGGAGUGCUCCGUUACCAGCUGGACCUGCAGCUGCUCAACGAGCUUGACGAGGACGAGAGCGAGUUCCUCUCCGACGACAGUGAUGACGAAUGA